CGCACUCAUGACCUGGAUAUGACCAUGUUGUAGAUUGAUGCGCGCUUCUGUUGCCGCAUGACUGACUUCAGCGUGUGGUUUCUUUUGAAUAACACUACUGUCAAUAUCCCGUUUUGCAAUGGAAGCCUUUAACCAAAUACUACUACAGUACCCGCCAUUUGUAGUUGGUGGUGUCGGAGCGACGGCGAUAGCUGCUGGAGGAGCGCUGAUCUAUAGAAUUGCAACCAGGAAGAAACCAAGUCAUGUCCAAGUGAAUUGUUGGUUCUGCAAUCAGGACACAAUUGUCCCCUAUGGGAACAGAAACUGCUGGGAUUGUCCAUACUGUGACCAGUAUAAUGGCUUUCAGGAGAACGGGGACUACAACAAACCCAUUCCUGCACAAUACAUGGAGCAUCUAAACCAUGGCAUUUCGGCUGGUGUCCCUGAGUCACCAAAGACACUGCAGUGGGUCAAUUGCCAGAUGCUUCUGUGCAAGAAGUGUAACAACAACCAGACACUGAAGAUUAAGCAGCUGGCCUCGUUCAUCCCCAGGGAUGAUGAAAACUAUGAUGAGGAGAUCGAAGUAUAUAAGCACCACCUCGAGCAGACCUACAAGUUGUGCCGGCCGUGCCAGACGGCAGUGGAGUACUACAUCAAACACCAGAACCGACAGCUGCGAGCUCUGCUCUUCAACCACCAGCUCAGACGCAGUCGGGAUGCUGAUAAAGCCUUUAUUAAGAACACCUACUCCCUCAGCACGCCGGCCUGGUUGAUCUUGCUCAGAGUCCUUGCGUUUCUCGCCUGUGCCUUCCUUGUAGCUGUGGCUUUGUCUGGAUCUGGAGAUGCGGCCCCCUCUGUCACGCAGACCUUAAGCAGAGGAGUCGCCCCGCCUAAACGUGCUCUCCAAAACGAUAGCGAAAGCAAGACUGAUGAGGGCAAAAUGAUGUGGGACGAUCUGGUGGGUCUUCUUCCGGAAGAGGCCGUGGAGAACGCUCGACUCAUCUGGCAGUCCGGAAGCGACCAUCAGAUGGCCGUGGCCUCUGUUGGUCUCCUAACUUGCAUCACGGGGGUCUUAAUGGCAGGACCUGUCAGGUUGAGGAGGAUUGACGCUGUGGCAUCUGUGCUUUGGCUCCUCGUCAUAUGUUUUUACCUGGCCGAGUGUUACCUCAAGACGGACAUCCCUGACUGGUUGGAAUCUGUCAAGUUUGGAAUCACUUCUGUGUGUUGUCUGGUGGGAUUCGCUGCCGCUGUGGCAACGCACAAAUCCUCGAGUCAAAGAAGAGCCAGAGGUCGCAGGUCAGAAUCUGAGCAGUGACACUAAGCUAAGAUACUUUAUGGGACACUUUUGGGACAUGUAGAAACAAGGGUUUGAUUUUUCUCAGAUUGACACAUUUUCCUUCCAACUGUCUUCAGUUUAUACUAACAAACUAAUACUCUCAUUAUAAAUCGUCAUGGCCUUUAAGAUACUUGCUAACUAGGCCUUCAAAACUGUGCUAAUAGAUAAAAAAUAGAUUUAAAAAAAUCUAGUCUGUGUGGAUGACCUUGCUCAAAGUACUAGAAAAUGAGUUUUGCCUUAUUUGUAGUAUGCUGAGUGAUUUGCCCCUAAUUUGACAAAGGCAGAACAUCUCAAUUUCAGACAUUUUACAUUUGGUUUGAAAUAACAGCUAAGGUUUAGGUAAUCUGGUAAAGAUACAGACUCGUUCUAUAAGUGAAUUUUUUUUAUUUUAUGCAUCUCGAUGUGUAUAAUGCUGUUAGUGCAUUAUUUACCAAGAAAUUGAAAUGGUGUUUGUGGAUUUUUUCCCCCAUCCCAUCUAUACUGGAUACUAAGCCCUGAUCCGUUGCAGUCUGAAAGUGGCGCUUAAAAUUUACAAAUCAUCAUCUACAACUUAAAAAACAUUGCUGUAUUAACUAUACCCACUAUAUCAAACUAUAACAAAAAUACGGUAUUAUGCCAAUACUGCUCAAAUCUCAUAUUUGCAAUCUCAUAACUAAUGCGAUAUUAGCAGUAUUAAGUUGCUAACAUACAAAUGUUAUUCUUCUGUUAUACUUUACCUCAAGUGCUUUCAGUUUUGACGUUAGGUUAUAGCAGAACGCAUUUGAGAGAGUCUAUGUCAAAUAUUUGUGCCUUGAGCCUCUCUUUGCAUAGAUUCUAAAUUAACCUGAAUUUCAAGUCAUUAAGUAUGUAUCUGGUUUGUAAUCGUUACGUCAAUACAACAUUUAUGCAAUAUUUUAUGUUUAAAGACAGAAAAUUGGCUAACCAAGUACUUUGCAUAGCACUAUGCUUUUUAUAUUACGAACAAUAUAUUUACUAUACUGUAAAAUGUAAUGAAUGCACUACAUCGUAUUACAUGCCAUUUAGUUUGAAUAUACUACUAACAACACUAAACCUCUGUAACAUGUAGCCAUCUCUUUCGAGUGUCUCUAACAAAAACAGACACAUUUUCAAAACUUUUACAAACAAAGCUUUAUAGGGAUUGUACUUUAUUGUAAUUUUCUAUUAAGUAUUGUAUUUUUACUGUAUUCUAGAAACGUGUGACAUGAUGUGACAGUACGACUAUAGAUUGUAUGUUUUGUAGAUUUGCAUCACUGUAUUUCCCAAGUAACUGUAUGCAUGUGGCAUAUGCUGUGAAGUUCGUUUUCGCUGUGAUCGAAGUACUUACUAAUGUGACUUAGACAUGUACUGUCCGCAACUUUUGUGUUAUUUAAAUCAAGUCUGUUUUUUGUACCCUGAGCUCAUUUCUAUUAGAUGUGUAUCAGCUCAUGCAGAUCUUGUGGUACUUGUCCAACCUCCAACAUACUGUAACUAUCUCGACAUGCUUGUAAGACAAGCUUUAAUAUUUAUGAUUUUGUAUUACCAAAAGGUGACAUGUCAUGUGCCUAUGUAAAGCUGCAUUAAAGGGAUACUUCACCCAAAAAUUUAAAUUCUGUCAUCAUUUACUCACCCUCAAAUUGUUCCAAACCUGUAUAAAGUUCUUCCUUCUGCUGAACACAAAAGAAGAUAUUUUGAAGAAUACGGGUAACCAAACAUUGAUGGGCCCCACUUUCAUAGUAUGGAAAAAAAAAAUACUGUGACCAUCAACUCUUUGGCUACAGACAUUCUUCAAAAUAUCUUCUUUUGUGUUCAGCAGAAGAAAGAAAUUCAUACAGGUUUGAAACAAUUUGAGGGUGAGUAAAUGAUGACAGAAUUUUCAUUUUUGGGUGAACUAACCCUUUGAGUAUUUGUAUUCUUGAAUAUUUAGUUUGCUGUCUCCUCAUUAUCAUAGUUUUGCUUGCCAAAGGCUGAUAAUUGGUAAAUACUAAUAAUAGUGUGUAUUUAGACUUGACAUUGAUACAAGUAUCUCAAAACCAUGUAUAACAUUUAUAUUUAGCACAGCACAUUGUAUUUUUGAGAGCAUACUCGAUCCUUCAUUGACUAGUACCUAUUUUAUUACCAGACAGUUUAGAUUGUUCGGUAGUAUGAUGUGUCUCUCCAAAAUUUAAUGUGAUUUCAAAUGUGAGUAAAUAAGUUGAAUUUAACACUGAGGAUUUAUUGUGGUAGGACCUGUCAAGGUGAAAUCACAGAUCUGUGCAUGUUCUAUCAGAAGGCGCAUGGUGAUGUCAGAGAUUGAUUGGAAGGAAAGUAAAUUGGUUUAAGGAAUAAGGCCAAUUUUUAUGUAAUGGCAUCCAGUUUCUUAUUAAGUUAACCAAAUCUCAAAUGGACCUGAAUCUGUUGUGGCCUCUGACCACUACAAAUCUAAACUGAAUCUGAUGUCUUGUGUUUGAAGCUUUUUGAUUCUUCUUUGCUCGCAGGCUCUAAAUAGUUGUCCGAUUUUGAGAAGCCUCCAUUUUUGGCAUUGCUGUGCUGUUUCUGGUAUAUCAUCAACCCCUGAUCAGUGGUUUCUUGUGAUUUUUACCAUGGAAUGACCCUAAAGAUAUAAUGUGAAAUUAUCAACUGCAUUGUUGAAUAGUUUGAAACCGUUUCCGUCCAGACACUUAAGCUCAGAUUUGUUGUAAUAAUGUUUUGGAGUGUUGUGCUUUGAGUAAAGCAGCAUGUUGGAGCAAUUGCUGUAUUAUAAUAAUUGAGUUGUAUUGCAUUUUUUAUACUUGUAUUAUUUGACCCUAUUACGAAGUGAAAUAAAACACUGAUAAAAUGCGAA